AUGCAGGUCGUAAGAAGCGCCCAUGUCUUCCCCUCGCGAGAAAAAUCAACUGACUUCGGCCCUCAAACAGAAGAUGUGACGGACAGGGCUUACUUUAUGUGCAAUGACGAGCUUCGUGCUGUUCAGCCCACACACACCCUCAUUACCGCAUCUUUGGUGCUGCCGACAACGCGCGGAGGAUUCGUGAGCUUUCCGCAAGUCUCUACAAAGACGGAAGAGCCUUGGUCCACGUCGCUGCCAUCCACAUUGGUUACCGAGACGAGUUCAUCGCCCACGGUCCGACCCAGCACUACGCAGACGACUCGUACCAGUGGAGGUCCAACAUUGACGACAGUUUCCACCGGCGCGGCGCAGUCAACGAGCGAGGCCACGGCUACGUCGCCUGUUGGGACUCCGGGCCAAGCAGACGAAGAUUGGCAAGAGGACGAGGACGAGGACGAGGACGAGGACGAGGACGAUGGAGGCGGUCCAGCUCUUGGGACCGGGCAAAUCGCGGGCAUAUCCAUUGGCGUGGUAGCCGCCGCUGGGGUGGCCAUUGGCGCUAUCUUCCUCGCGCGCCGCUGUCGCAAAAAGAGGCACCCGGGUGUCAGCACAGGAUUCCUGCCUCGACGUAGCACUUGGGGCUACCUAGGAAACCAGAGGCCCGAUAUCGCCAGCCUGAGCAGCACACCAUCUUCGCCGCGUGUUCCUCCACCCGGCAGUUAUUAUGCUGCGCCGGUGCCUCCACCCCCUCUGGCGGCCAGGAAAAGCUACAGCCGCACAAGCUGGUACCCAGGUGGCAUUGGGAUGGCCUUGUCGCCGCCGUUCAAGAAGGACGACACGUCCGAGUCACCCGAACCUCGGCGCAUCUCAAAGCUGCUACCGGCAAAGCCAACAAUGACACCCAUAUUGGCAAGAUUCUCCUUUCAACGUGGUUCGGAGAAACAGCAGACGAGUGACGCGCCGCCACGACUGCCUCCGUUGACAGGCUUAUCCUAUCGACACGGGGAAACGACCGAGAAAAGGCUCCCGCAGGCACCGCUCACCCUUCAUAUUCCCGAGGAGAACACGCUCGCAGUCGCGGCUCCUUCACGGAUGCGGGACAGCGCCAUGACAGAGUUCGAAGAGGACGGCGGCUCAUCGGUCACCUCGCCCCAGGGUCAGGUUUGGCGGCAUCCGUCCCAGAACCUGGCGUCAUCCUACGUCGCCGACAAGAACGGCAACUGGGUCCUGAGAACCUCGUCCAAGCCGGACCAGGCGUCCUCCUCUUCAGCAGUGCCAAUGACGGCGCCCCCGACGCGGAAUCCGAAUCCCUUCAGAGUGGUCAACGUUCCCGACCUGCCGCCUGCUCGGAGGUCGCUUUCUCAGCACGAGUCGACUCGUGUACCACACCUGGCGCCGGCACCGGUGAUUACGCGCGACAGCAAUAAAAAUCAGUCAUACUUUGCGCAACCGCAAGAGUCGCCCACGCCAAAGCCACUAUUCUCCACGACGGGACACGGCAACGUCGCAGCCCAGGCCCGGAGCCCCUUUUCACUACAACAAAACAAUAAGCAACUGUCCGGUCAACCACAGGUCCCACCAAUGCAACGCGACCGCGCAUCGUCCCGCAGCAGCGACACAACCAUUUUUGAGAGUUCCUCGGACGAGCCCACGCCCCCCGAAGCUCCACCGGGUAGUCUCUCCCCCGUAGUGGAAUCGGCCGAAUCACCAGCUUCUGCCUCGGUCAAUCGCCCACCGGUCAUGAUGCAACCCAGUCGAGGCAGUCUCAACGUGAACUAUGCCCCGCCGCCUCGUCGGCCAAAGAUGUACCAACCUCCAGGACAACCCAGCCCAACCCUUGGAAUGCCGGCGCAGCAGAACCGACAGCAACCUCCAAGUCAGGGCUUGUCCUCGUACAACAUGGCCAGCAAGGGUCGACAACCGACGAGCCAUCAGCCAGCGUCCGCCAGAACCGGCUCUCCAAUGGUGCGUGUCGUCGAGCCGUCGCCCGAACCCGACGACAGGGGCCUCCUCCCCUCGGCGCGAGGCCAUCAUCGCCGCGUCUCCUCCGCGUCGCGCCCUCCACACCCACAGGUCAAGCCCUCACCCACGCAGCAACAACACCGCUUCUCGCCAGCCCAGCCGCGUCCUGGUAUGCCUCAGCACACCUACCAGCUGCCGCGACAGCAAGACGGUCCUUAUCCGCGAAAACCAACCCCUUUCAUGCGACCAGCGCAAAUCCCAGGGAUCGUGCACAGCCAGCAUGACCUGCCACAACAUUACCGACCCACGCAAAAUCGACCACCACCGCCCCCCCUCGCGACAGACCUCCCCUCCGCGCCGGCCGCAGCGGGCCUGACGACGUUCGUCUCGCCCGUCUCGGAGACGUCGACUUCCUCGUCCCUACUCGCCAAGCGUCUCGGCUCCGAUCGGGCCGCACAGAUGGCCAUCCCCACUGAUCAACACCACAGCCAGCGCCAGGGAGACGGGAACUGGCGAAGAGAUGCUCCUCCUCCUCCUCCGCAUACCCCACGGCAGGGGGAUGAUGGCGGCGACAAUGAUUUGCCUCGGACACCUGGGUGGAUGCCAAAGUUGACGCCCACAAGACGGGGCGGCGAUCUCUUUUUGAAUGUGCAAUGA